AUGGGCUCUAGAGAAGACAAUAUUUUGCCUAACCUCCAGGCUGGUGGACUUACUGUUGGAUCCCUAACUGAGGAAGAAUAUCGCCAGUGGAUCGAGGUUACCUUUAAGCCAAUGUUUGAUCCCUACGAGCAUAUGAAAGGGGUUCCAUGCCGUGAACUGCUCAAUAGAUUUCAAUACAAUACAUACGACCUUCCUAGGAGUCGAAGAAAUGAUUUGAUGUUAUUCUUGGAUGCUAAUCGAGAUGGUAGAACAACAUAUCAGGAAUUCUACAAGGCUUUGGUACAUAAACGCUAUAUCGACCUUCCGUUGUAUCAAAGAAUAGCUAUUCGGGCCAUGCUUGCUGCGAAUCCAGGUAUGCGAUUGGCUGCUGCUCAAACCAAUGCGAUCAAACAUCUUCAAAUGCUCAAUUCCAUUGGCCAAGCAGGCGAAUUGAGAUUUGGAGUGGCUUCUAACCUAACGGCCACUGAUUGCCUCCCAAACGCCAUCACUGGUUACUCUGGCGACAGGGUGAGUGGUGGUAAGUUUCAGCUGGAGCCCGAUGGAGUAUGGCCAACGUCAAGGAAACAUCGUUGUAAGCGACAUCUAAAUGAUACUGCAUUGGCAAUCGUAGAGGAAGAAUAUAUACCCGAAUUAUAUCUGAAAUCAUUCAAAAUUCUUCCUCCCCCAAUCGUAUGCCCUGUAAUUGUUUUAAUACAGAUAGCGAUAUUUAUCUACUAUGCCGUAGAAUUAAAUAAAAGAGCAGGAGCUGAACCAGGAAAUACAUUAACUUUUGCGACUGGAUUCCCGUAUUUUUCACCACUCAUAUUCGAUCCACGCAAGCGCAAAGAGGUGUGGAGAUUCUUUUCAUACAUGCUAGUUCAUGAGGGCAUUUUCCACAUCAUCUUCAACUCCUUGAUGACAUUGAUUCUUGGCACACUCAUGGAGUGGGUGCAUGGCUCCUGGAGAAUAGCAGUACUCUACCUCUCUGGGGUGCUGGCUGGUUCAUUAGCGACAUCCGUUUGGGAUUGCACAACAAUUGCAGUCGGUGCUUCGGGUGGGGUGUUUGCUGUAAUUGGCGCCUAUUUUGCUCUUGCAGCGAUCAACUGGGAGGAACUUAAGCACGAUCACUACGCGCUUUUCACUGCCUCCACAGUGAAAGAUAAGGUUGUGGCAUUUAUGGCCUCGGGAAUUAGUCGAAUCUUUGCGAUUCUUCUAUUCAGCGGUAUCGACCUUGGAAUUUCAUUCUAUGAACGCUAUAGUCUCCCAGAGGCUCCACUGCAUGUGACCUUCACGCCCACAAUAGCGGGUCCCAUUGCGGGAGUUCUAGUGGGCGUUCCGCUGCUAAGAGAACUGAAUCAGAGACCGUGGUAUCGAAUAGUUUUCUGGGCUUGUCUCUCUGUUUCUCUUGCUCUUUUCACCUUCGCUGUCUUCUGGAAUAUUUUCUGGCCUGGAUAUCCUCCGCAACUUGUUUAA